UUCCUGAGAAAUCGAGGUGUACAGUGGACAUAUUUAAAUUGGGUUGAACAGUGAACUUCAAUUCUUUCUAGUGAAACAGUGAAACAAGUCUUCUCAACUGACCACAUACCAAAGACCUUUUGAUCUGCUGUGAAGUUAACCACUACCAGCAAAAUGUUCUGCGGAGACUAUGUGCAGGGAACCAUCCUCCCGGCUCCCAAUUUCAACCCCAUGAUGGACGCCCAAAUGCUUGGGGGAGCACUCCAGGGAUUUGGCUGCGACAAGGACUUGCUGAUAGACGUCCUGACCCAGCGCUGCAACGCCCAGAGGCUGGUGAUCGCCGAGGCCUACCUGGGUGCCUUCGGCCGGGACCUGGUUGGUGAACUGAAGGAGAAGCUUUCGGAUCACUUCAAGGAUGUCAUGGUUGGUCUCAUGUACCCACUGCCUUCCUACGAUGCCCACGAGCUCUGGCACGCCAUGAAGGGAGAAGGCACUGAUGAGAAUUGCCUCAUUGAUAUAUUAGCUUCAAGAACAAACGGAGAAAUUUUCCAGAUGCGAGAAGCCUACUAUUUGCAAUACAGCCGCGACCUGCAGGAGGACAUCUACUCAGAGACCUCAGGACACUUCAGAGAUACGCUCGUGAACUUGGUCCAGGGAACCAGGGAGGAAGGAUACACGGACCCCGCCAUGGCUGCACAGGACGCCAUGGUGCUGUGGGAGGCUUGCCAGCAGAGGACAGGAGAGCACAAAACGCUUUUGCAAAUGAUCCUGUGUAACAAGAGCUACCAGCAGCUGUGGCUGGUUUUCCAGGAGUUUCAAAAUAUUUCUGGGCAAGACAUAGUAGAUGCCAUUAAUGAAUGUUAUGAUGGAUACUUUCAAGAGCUGCUGGUGGCAAUUGUUCUCUGCGUUCGAGACAAACCAGCCUAUUUUGCUUACAGAUUAUAUAGUGCAAUCCAUGACUUCGGUUUCCAUAAUAAAACGGUGAUCAGGAUUCUAAUCGCCAGAAGUGAAAUAGACCUGAUGACCAUAAGGAAACGAUACAAAGAGAGAUACGGGAAGUCCCUCUUCCAUGAUAUCAAACAUUUUGCUUCAGGGCAUUAUGAGAAGGCUCUGCUCGCCAUCUGUGCUGGUGAUGUGGACGACUACUAAACAAAAAGGAGGAUGUGGGGGACGCACUCGGCUUCACAGACCCGUCAAAGUACAGAUUCUGUGAUUCAUCUGCAUUGUUAGUAGCAUUAUUGCAAAAUGAUAGAAUCAUAUUUUCUUUUCUCUCUUGAAAAUUUUUCUAAGAAUAAUUAUUAUCAAUAGGUUAUUCAAGAAAAACUUAUUGACAAAAGUGUAUGAGGCUGGAUUUGCACAUAUCAUCUAAAUCAGCAAUUUGUUAGUGUAUAACGGAAUAAUAAAAGAAAUUAUUGCAUUG